ACAGGUGUUGUGUUGAUGUCUGUUCCCUUGUCGGACAGUGCUUCCUUCCUGCCGCUGGGUGGCCGGCUGGAGGUGGUGUUGGAGUUGUUGGAGUUGUUGUCGCCCACUGAUGUGAGUCCAGCGGAGCUCCACGUGGUUCUGGUUCAGGGUAAAAGCUGGAGGAGAGAGCUCAGCACAGCGAGAGGCUUCCAGAGCAGCACCAUGUCUCUGUACCGCAACUCCGCCUGGUUCCUGAAGGGAGUGACCGAGUUCACCAGGAGUGCCUUCCUGACGGCCUCCAAGAGGUUUGUGGAGAAGGACCUGGAGGUGUCCAUGGCUGGACGCGCCUUCAUGAUAACAGGAGCCAACAGUGGCAUCGGGAAAGCUACCGCCAUGGCCAUCGCUAAGAAAGGGGGAACGAUCCACAUGGUGUGCAGGAACAAGGACAAGGCCGAGGAGGCGAGGGCUGAUAUCGUCAAGGAGACGGGAAAUAAAGAGGUGUUUGUCCACAUCCUGGACCUGACGGAGACCAAGAAGGUCUGGGAGUUCGCUGAAGGCUUCAAGAGAAAGUACAAGGCCCUCAAUGUACUGAUCAAUAACGCCGGCGCCAUCAUGAGUCAGAGGGACGUGAACGUCGAGGGGCUCGAGAAGAGCUUCGCCUCCAACGUCCUCGGGGUUUACAUUCUCACCAAGAGUCUCAUUCCCCUGAUGGAGAAGAGCGCCGAUCCCAGAGUGAUCACGGUGUCAUCGGGGGGGAUGUUGGUGCAGAAGCUCAGGACGGGAAACCUGCAGUCUGAGAGGGGACGCUAUGAUGGCACCAUGGUCUACGCCCAGCACAAAAGGCAGCAGGUGGUGAUGACAGAGCAGCUGGCAAAGACUCACACUAACAUCCACUUCUCCGUCAUGCAUCCCGGCUGGGUUGACACUCCAGCGGUGGCUAACGCCAUGCCAGACUUUCAUAGCUCUAUGAAGGACAGUCUGCGGGCCCCGGAGCAGGGCGCUGACACCGUGGUCUGGCUCGCUGUCUCUGAGGCUGCAACCACAAACCCUAGCGGGCAUUUCUACCAGGACCGAAAGAUGGUGUCCACCCACCUGCCGCUGGCCUGGACCCACAGCUCUCCCGUGGAGGAGCAGAAGCUAAUGUCUCUGCUGGAGGACUUGGCCAAGACGUUUCAGCCACACUGAGACAAGCAGGAAGUGGUCUACCACCAACACUAACACCAUCCGUUCACACACUGACCGAGGCUGGGCUCAGUAUUUCAUCCCCCCUGAUGAUAUAACACACACUCCAGGACAGGGACUAGAUCUGGGUCUGUUUUAUCCAAAGCAUUUUGGAGCGUUAUAACACUACCUGUGGUCGAUAUGAAGAUAUAUACUGUGAAACCCGGCCUUACAGCGCAGAUUAAACUCACCUAUAACGGAGGGAUGAGCCAGAUUUAUAAUGCUUUAUAGCUAUUUAUAUGAUAACACGUUUAUUUAACUUUAUAAGGACUAAACAUGUAAAAGAGUUUGUCAAAAGGAUGUUAUGCUGCUGACAGAGAGAGCACCUUCGUAAACCACAUAAACACACACACAUAACCCAGUCUGUUACUGUGACUUUAUGAAAGUUGUCAAUCAGAUGGGAAUCUGAUGUGACCAAAGUCACUCCCACACUCAACGCAGUAUUUCACAACACCAGCUAUGGGUUCAAUCUCUCUCGUGUCUCGAUGACUUGCAAACGUGCAAAGUGUAUUUAACAUCUUCUGUAUGUAUGUAACUUGUGUAUUUGCUAUAUUGUUGUGCAGCUUGUGUACUGUGCAGGUUGAGCUCAGGCUGGAGGUGAAGUGCUCUCUCUAUCAGCCAUAAGCCUUUUAAUACACCAAACGGCAGCAUCACUCGGCAAUAAAACCUAUGUAUUAUAAUAUGUAAUUAGUAAUAUCUGCCCAGCAGCACCUUUUAAAAAAAUGCCUUUUACUAACUGAGUUUAUCUUGUAAAUGCUCGCUUGAAUAAAGAAAAUUACUGAUUG